CGGGCCAGUAAAAAAAGACGCUCUGCGCGCGCCAUCGGUAACAGUAGUGAUAGUGCAGUGGUAGUGAGUACAGGCACCAUGGCUGGUGGUAAGGCAGGCAAGGACUCCGGCAAGGCUAAAGCCAAGGCAGUGUCACGCUCGGCCCGGGCGGGGCUACAGUUUCCUGUGGGGCGUAUCCACCGGCACCUCAAAAACAGGACGACCAGCCAUGGGCGUGUGGGCGCAACAGCUGCUGUCUACAGUGCUGCCAUUCUCGAGUACCUAACCGCUGAGGUUCUUGAGUUGGCUGGUAAUGCAUCAAAGGAUCUGAAAGUGAAGCGUAUUACCCCUCGCCAUCUGCAGUUGGCUAUCCGUGGUGAUGAAGAAUUAGAUUCACUCAUCAAGGCGACCAUUGCUGGAGGUGGUGUUAUUCCUCACAUCCACAAGUCUCUCAUUGGAAAGAAGGGCUCGCAGAAACCUGUAUAAAUGCUCUAGUUAUUGUACAUUGUCCACAUGUGCUUUGGCCCAGGGACUUCACUACCAUGGAUGCGCAGUCAUUGUAUUGAUGCUUGUAUGUCUAUGGCCAAGGAGGUCCCUGAUAAAGGGGAGUAGCCAUUAAGGUUUUCUUUAAUCAAAGUGGUCUACCUCCUAACACCCCCUUCCCUGAUUAUCCAACCCUGAAAGACUUGAGAAUUGCUCUACCUCUAGGAAGGUUUUUUUAGACACUGCCUGAAAGAUGUGAAGCUUGGUUGUAAGGGAUCAUGUGGGGGGUUGUUGCAUUGCUCAAGGAGCUACCCACUAACGGUGGUUAAGAGCUUUGCAAUUAAGUUUUCAUUUUUUCUACUAUUUCUCUUAAUACGUAUUUAACUUUUAACAUUUUGUUUAAUCGAGUUUUAUCAGAGGUUUUAUUCUGUUCAGUUUAGAUUUUUUGAUAAGGAUGCAUUUUGAAUUCUAUCUUAAUUUUCUAAAAGUUGAAAAGUAAGUGUCAUGUAUUACUUAAAAGUACAAUUUUCAAUGUUUUGAUAAUGUGUAGAGUAAGUAUAACUAUACAUAUUGUAAUUAAUGUGUUCUCUACAAUAUAAUGUAUAUUCAUUUUUUAAA